AUGUUGAACACAGCUUUGCAAUCUAGUCCAACCAAACAAACUAGCAAAGCUAGUCCAAUAAACAAAGCUAGUCCAAUAAACAACAAAGCUAGUCGAAUAAACAACAAAGCUAGUCUAAUAAACAAAGCUAGUCCAAUAAACAACAAAGGUAGUCCAACAAACAAAGCUAAACCAAUAAACAACAAAGGUAGUCUUACAAACAAAGCUAAACCAAUAAACAACAAAGCUAGUCCAACAAACAAAGCUAGUCCAAUAAACAACAAAGCUAGUCCAACAAACAAAGCUAAACCAAUAAACAACAAAGCUAGUCCAACAAACAAAGCUAGUCCAAUAAACAACAAAGCUAGUCCAACAAACAAAGCUAAACCAAUAAACAACAAAGCUAGUCCAACAAACAAAGCUAAACCAAUAAACAACAAAGCUAGUCCAACAAACAAAGCUAGUCCAAUAAACAACAAAGGUAGUCCAACAAACAAAGCUAAACCAAUAAACAACAAAGCUAAACCAAUAAACAACAAAGCUAGUCCAACAAACAAAGCUAGUCCAAUAAACAACAAAGGUAGUCCAACAAACAAAGCUAAACCAAUAAACAACAAAGCUAGUCCAACAAACAAAGCUAGUCCAAUAAACAACAAAGGUAGUCCAAUAAACAAAGCUAGUCCAAUACACAACAAAGGUAGUCUUACAAACAAAGCUAAACCAAUAAACAACAAAGCUAGUCCAACAAACAAAGCUAGUCCAACAAACAAAGCUAGUCCAAUAAACAACAAAGCUAGUCCAACAAACAAAGCUAAACCAAUAAACAACAAAGGUAGUCUUACAAACAAAGCUAAACCAAUAAACAACAAAGCUAGUCCAACAAACAAAGCUAAAUCAAUAAACAACAAAGCUAGUCCAACAAACAAAGCUAGUCCAAUAAACAACAAAGCUAGUCCAACAAACAAAGCUAAACCAAUAAACAACAAAGCUAGUCCAACAAACAAAGCUAAACCAAUAAACAACAAAGCUAGUCCAACAAACAAAGCUAGUCAACAACAAGCUAAACCAAUAAACAACAAAGCUAGUCCAACAAACAAAGCUAGUCCAAUAAACAACAAAGCUAGUCCAACAAACAAAGCUAGUCCAAUAAACAACAAAGGUAGUCCAACAAACAAAGCUAAACCAAUAAACAACAAAGCUAGUCCAACAAACAAAGCUAAACCAAUAAACAACAAAGCUAGUCCAAUAAACAACAAAGGUAGUCCAACAAACAAAGCUAAACCAAUAAACAACAAAGCUAGUCCAACAAACAAAGCUAAACCAAUAAACAACAAAGUGGGUCAUGGUAUUCCUGGCCACUGUUGUCCCCAGUGGGUCAUGGUAUUCCUGGCCACUUUUGUCCCCAGUGGGUCAUGGUAUUCCUGGUCACUGUUGUCCCCAUUGGGUCUGUAUUCCUGGCCAAUUUUGUCCCCAGUGGGUCCUGUUAUUCCUGGCCAAUUUUGUCCCCCAGUGGGUCCUGUUAUUCCUUCCACUUUUUCCCCAGUGGGUCCUGUUAUUCCUGGCCAAUUUUGUCCCCAGUGGGUCCUGUUAUUCCUGGCCAAUUUUGUCCCCAGUUACAACAGGUGGCGACGGUACGUUCCCGGUUACGUCGAGAUGGAUUAUCAUGGAAAUAACAACGGCACCUGUUGGCGUAACGGAACACCUGUUGGUAUUUUGUUAUUAAAACUGUGA